AUGAGAGUAGAUUUAGCAGCAGAGACACUUAGCUCUACAGUGGCUAAGGCGAUUCGACAUUUUUUGAAUGAUGAUGCUGAAGAGACAGCAGUAUUUAUUGAGAGAUUCAAUAAAUUUUUUGAUAUUUUGAAUGUGAAGAAUUACACAGAGUGUUAUCUAAAGAGGAAGUAUAAUAAGACACCUUACAGAUGGGAUAAGGAUAUCAGACUUGAGUGGCUUGAAACUGUAUUCCUUCCUUGGCUGGAUGAAUGGGAACAAGAAGCUAAAAGUCAAAAGGAAUUGAAAGCAGAAGAAAGAAACAAAUUAAUUCUCAGUUCAGAAACACUGCUUGGAAUUAGAAUUACUUCACUUUCCUUCAUUGAACUGAUAAGGUAUAUAUUUACAAUACCAGGAGUAAAGAGUUUUCUGAGCGAGAAUAUAUCCCAAGAUCCUUUGGAAAAGUUUUUUGGCAGGCAACGUCAAAGGGGAGGAGUGAAUGAGAACCCUACCACUAAACAGUUUUUGGUUAAUAACCAAGCAUUAAGAGUUGUUAACUCAAUAAAGAUUGAUACGAGCAAAGGAAAUACAAGAGGCUCAAAUCAAGACACCGUAAUUAUUGAUGAUGGUCCUUUACAAAAAAGAAGAAGGUGUAGUAAACCCAUAGCCAACACUCCACUUCUAUCACCUGACGAUUCUCAAAAUGACAUGAUAAAUCUCACAAGUAAAAUAUAA